ACAAUCCAUAAGUGGCUGGAUCUUUAUGAUGAUUAUGUUGAAUGUCAAUUUCACAGAGCCCCAUUGCCUCUAUUCUCCUCAUCUGACGAGGAACUCAAGUUCCUGGAGGAAUAUGACUUGGACUAUACUCGCGUUUCCUUUCUCAAGUCUCGAGGCUCGAGCUACGAGGUCGCAGAGCCAGACUUAUCAGAGAACCGUCUCGUGGAAGCAGCUCAAGUACUCCCCAAGGACAACAGAAACGCUGAAUCAGCUGCUCCCACAGUCGUCGCCCUUCUGGAAUCCCUGUGGCGCAAAUACUCAUUCAGGAUCACCAGAACUGCCGUUGCUGAUGACUCAGUACAGCAUUCUAUCACUCUCACCAAUCAGCUGCAGAUGAGAAAACUGGAGCCUGUGACUUGUGACAUGAUCUUGAUGUGUCAGAGCAUCUUGGGGGAAGAUAAUGAGUCGUUGAAGAAGCUCGCGCUUGCCUUCCAGAAACAUGAUCAUCCAUCUGCCACAUUCAUUCUUUCAAAAGUCCAUGAAAUGGCAGGCUUUCUUGAAACUUUUCAUACAUAUGCCCGACUUCUUUAUCAAAUCUCGACCAUGCCUGACCCAUUAGGGCGCGACGAUGUACUCAGACUGUUUUCCAUCGUGCCACUGUCGGGCAACGAGUUUCUCAUACCGCGUGGGACAUUCCUCCACGACAGCGCAACGGAAACUCCUUGGAACAACCACCUGGUCUCUGUGCAUCAGUCUGGAUACACGACCUCUCGUAGAAACGCCACCCAAUUGGUCCAUCCAUUCAUUCGAACUGUCUUGAAGGACAAAGUUUUGGCAGUCGAUGAAAUGUGCUGCAACGCUCCUGUCUUUUUGCAGUGCUUACCAUAUAUUGUCUCUGGGACCUGUCGAAGAAUGCCAUGCCCCCAGGAACAUGUCAUGAUGUUGAAUUUGGGCCGCAUGCAAUACAACGCCCAUGUCGCGAUCCAUCUACAGCAGAUGCUCAUCUUACAACUCUUGUAUUCUGCGCAUCCUCAUACGAACCAAUGGAAGAGCAUGAGAGACCGGAUCGACCGCCUUUACGAGGCACUGAAUCCGCCCUUGUUCAUUCAAGGUUCCCUCACGGACCUCGAUUUGACCCUCAUUCCGCAUGGUUCAGCUGGCCUGAGGAUGGUGAAGAACUGGACUUGCGAGUUCUUUUAUAAAUUGGACCCGUUCCAGAGCCCAUCCCUAUUUUUGACGACGUUAAUGAGAAUCACCAGUCUCAGUUUUGCUUUUGACAGGAAUGAUGCUCCCACCUACAUUGCUCAGGCAAAGUGUGUCACCCGAAAUAUGUCCACCGAGCUUCUUCGCAAAGCAGAUAAUCGUUACUUGGUGCUCGACAUGUUCAAUUUGUACCGAGGAGUUACUGAAGGCAGUAUAUCUUCGGGAAUUCUGUAUCUACAGCAUGUCCUCGACCACCGUUUAAGCGUCAAUCUGUCUGUUCUAUGUGACUACAUCGAGGAUAUCCUCUCCUCUUUCAUGAUAAAUCAUAGAAUGGAUCCGAACCUUCCACUUGAUGGGGUUGUUCUUCCAUCCAACUGGUUGUUCUUCCCCUACAAGUUUUCUGUGAACAAAUGCAUCUGGCCAAGGUCAGUAGCAGUGCUCUUUGAUGUGAUAGGGAAUCUUAUAGAGAUGUUGCACACGGAUGCUGGCACAGAAUUUCUCUGGCUUGCACAUACAUAUGUUACACCGGUACUUCGCAGUAUUUUCAUAUUCCGGCUUUGCAGGAGUCUCUGCCUUGUCGCUCACAACACAAGGAACCUCAUAAUCAAGCGCAAAGUAAACUUGAUUGUGCUUCAUCUGCACAUACAUCCUCCGCCUUGGCACCCUGCAUACUACCGAAAGCUCGUGGACGAUGUAGUCCAGCAUCUUGCACUCUUGUCAGGCAGAGGAAUCCCUCGCUUAGAUGGCUACCUGCGAGCUGUCCUUGCGUUCGAUAACUGCAAUGCCGCGAGUGAUCUAGUCUACUUAGUCCACAAGAUGACGCCCCAACCUACUCGAAUCCCUUCGGUCCGACAACUGUUGUACGACAAGGCCAGUGAAAUUCCCUGUCUUCUUUCUUCCCACACAGUCGCUGCGCAGUCUACUCCGAGGGUGGAGGUAGCUACCCUCGUGCCUCGCAUGCAGCAUCCCGAAGAUGAUGUAGAGAUUCACCAAGACCAGAAGGAGAACUUGGAACCGACACCCCAGGAGUCCGAUGGAGAGGGGGCAGAGGAGGAAGAUGUCUCAGUGGAUGUUGAUACCGAGGCCACUGAUGACACGGAAAACAUGGAGCAGGAGGUUGCAUCCCUUGACGCUUUGCUAGACGAGUUCCUUCACUCCAACAGGCUAUCGGAAGAGCAAGAGAGCAAGAUUCAGAAUGUAUAUCGCCAUUACCUUCGACAUUUCUCGAGCCCUGCAUUGGAUGCAGAAA